AUGUCGGGUGUGUCGAACCUCUUCGCUAGUUUGAACGAGACCCUGCCGGAUUACGUACGUCUGCUGUGCGUCGCAGUUCGACUCCCAGAGUCACCUCAACACCGCUUUGAGGCGGCAAACCAUUCUGGAGAAGCGUUCCCAAUUACGGUUCCACAAGAGAAACUGAGGAGCUCCUCUCCAAUUGAAAAUCGACAUGGUAUGUCUGUAAGACGAAGAAUGCAGAAGGAUGUUCCGCUAAAUUUUUUCCCGGAACUCGAGUCUAUUCAUUUUGGAGUACGGACCAGGAAGAAGCUUAGCGAUGCGGACUCCUUCACAAAAGCAGUCGAUCAGUGUCCAGCUGACAUCGUCUUAGCACCGUUAGGGUACCCUUUGACCGAUCUAGAGUACGCCGACGAUGUUGUUAUAUUCGCGGAAAGCAGCGUGAUACUUCAACAUGUUGUUGACUUUGUAGCGAAGCUAGCUGCACCCUAUGUCUACGCCUAA